UCACCUGGGAUCAGGAUAUGCGUUCUGGAUGGGAGUCAUUGUUUUUCGGUUUCUGUAUAAAAAUGGGGUAGAUUCAUCGAGACUUUACAGAACUGUUCUAUCUUUCGUAAGAAUAUCUUCUACAAUUCAGCAAUCAUGAAGUGCAUCGCCGCUGUAGUCAUGAUCGGACUUGCCGUUGUUGCCGAGGCCGGAUUUGCCCCGCUCCUGUACAGUGGAGCUCCGUUGGCCUACUCUGCGGGUCACACCACCAUCGUCCAGGGCAAUCGGGCUGACCCGGCAAAGAUCACCGAGUUCCCGGCGCUGUCCUACGCCUAUGGAGCGUAUCCUUACGCUUACGGCUAUCCUGCUGCUUAUUAUCCCUACGCUGCUCCCAUCGCUUACAACGCGGCUCCAGCUCUGCUGUUGAAGAAGGAAGCUCGCUAUCUGGCCGCCAACCAGGGUGCCAUCCACGAGGCUCCACUUCCGGGUCACGAACUCUCGCAGCAGCAGCUCAAUCUGUAAGGCGAGAGCGGCUGUGAAAAUUAAACCUUGCUUCAAAAAUUGGCAAAAAACUUUCUGGUUUCCAAAAUGAAUAAAUUCAAUGGUUUAAGCAACGCA